AUGAGCUCGUAUUUCGUUAAUUCGUUGUUCACUAAGUACAAACCGGACGAUGCACUGGAACGUAGCAGUUACUAUGAAGGCUGUUUUCCGCACGGUAUCAGCGGGGAAACCGGUCUGAUGUACGGCGCCAUAGCAGGUCCCGCUUUCCAGCCCGUCCCCGGUCACAUCCAGGGCUACUUCCACACCGGUGGCUCCUCGCUCCCCGCCUCCGGCUACCAGCAGGGGCCGUACGGACCCUCGUGCCAAGGGGAGACGGCCAAGUUUUACGGCUACGACGCGCUGGGCAGGCAGAACGCUUACGCCGGCGGCCAGACGGAGGCGGCGCUCCUGCAGUAUCCCGAGUCUAAGGCGGGGGGCCCCGCUCCAGCGGCGGCGGGCAGCGGCAGUGAAGGACCGGGAACCGUGAAUCCCCACUCACCCGCCAGCCUCAUGUUCCCGUGGAUGAGACCGCACGCCCCAGGCCGGCGCAGCGGUCGGCAGACCUACAGCCGCUUCCAAACGCUGGAGCUGGAGAAAGAAUUCCUCUUUAACCCCUACCUGACCAGGAAGCGACGGAUCGAGGUCUCUCACGCCCUGAACCUGACCGAGCGCCAGGUGAAGAUCUGGUUCCAGAACCGUCGAAUGAAGUGGAAGAAGGAGAACAACAAAGACCGCUUUCCCAACGCCCGGGAGGAUGAAGGAAAAACCCAAGAGGCGCCGAAGGCGGAGGAAGAGGAGGAGGAGGAGGAGAAAGAGGACGAGGAAGAGAAGGAAGCAGGGGAUAAGAACAGAGGGCAACAGAAGUAA